AUGUUAUGGGAUGUACCUGGGUUGUGGCAGCAGAGCCCAGACCUGGCCCAGGCGAGGUCUGCUCUGCCAUCCACGGGCACUGCUCCUCCUCGCUCUCAGACCCUCUGGAACAAAAAGGAAGAAAGAGCCCCUCACUCAUGUUUCCCGCUGUGCCCACCUGCAGUGCAUUGCUUUACGACUUGACAGAUGAAAUCAGCACCUUCCCAAACUUCUCCGCUGGGAGACUGUCUGGAAUGUCUCCUCCUGACCCUCUGGGUGCUGCCCACUCCACAGGGCCCCCUGCAGCUCUGUCUGAUUAUAAAGCUUCUCCCUAAUGGGCAAGAUCUCACACAUGAUAGAGCCAUAAAACGUGGCACUCCUGGCUGGCCCUGCUGCUUGUCUGAUAAGGGAGAUGGAGGGACUCGCCAGCACAGGCAGAGGGCCCGGGGUCUUACCCUGCCCCCAUGCCUCCUCCCCACCCCAACUGGUCUCAGCUUCCAGCAUGUUGCCAGGCCUGUUCUGCGGAACACAAAGCCUGUGCUUUGCAAUGGCGAGGACUCCAUGUUCAAGAAAGGGUGGGAAAUGCCCCCAAUCUCUCCCCUCCUAGGGAUUCAGAACACCCAUGAGCACAGUCAUGGCUGUGAGGAGGCUUCCAGUAAAGAAAACCUGCUUGCAUUUCCCAGGGACACAUCGCUGAGGCUUGUCACGGUGGUGAGAGAGAACUGUGGUCUCCUAGGAGGCAUGGAGCAGCCUUCCCACACUCUCUGCAUGCACAUAUCCUCGGGGGAUCUGGUCCAGGGGCAGGUUCUGACUCCCCAGGCCUGGGCGGGGACUCCAGACGCUGUGUCUCUCAGAAGCCCCUGGGGAACAGUGACGCUGCAGUUCCACAGGCCACAGGGAUCCAGAGUGGCUGCUGACGAGAAGACAGAGUAUAAAGAGGUUAAACCAUGCCUAUGGUCACCCCUGUCUGUGAAGCUGAGAUUUGAAGUGGCGUUUGGACCCCAGAGCUGA